AACUCUAUAUAAGUCAAGUUCCCGUUAACCGCAUCCUUCCCAGCAGAUUCGGAGAUGAACGAGAAGCCUCAGUCUUGUCACUUGUACGACCUUCCGGAAAUGAAUUAUGGAACUCCAUGCCUGCCCUGAUCACCUUGCAGCGUCCCCUAGGUGAGGGGGAUUGCACAGUUCAUAUUGCGGCAUAUAAUGUCUCGUUGUCAACCGUUGUCCACUCCCUUAGCAGAAUGUAUUCACGACAACCAUACGAGGGUCCGCCCCGAAAAUUGAUACUUGCAUUUGAUGUCGGAACGACAUUCAGCGGUAUAUCCUACUGUAUAGUCGAUCCGGGAGAAAUCCCCGUAAUUCGGGGCGUGCCAAAAUUUCCCGCACAGGAGCGUGUCGGUUGCUCUAAUAAAAUACCCUCUAUCAUGUAUUAUGACAAGGAGGGAAAGGUCAAAGCUGUAGGUGCGGAAACACAGCAACCGCACAUCAUUGAGAAAGCUGGUAAGGAGGAGUGGGUGCUAUUGGAAUGGUGGAAACUUCACUUUCGCUCGAAGCAUCUAGAGGAUUCCCACUUUUCUGACGCUGAUCUACCUCCACUCCCUGAAGGCAAACUUGCCGUUGAGGUUCUGGGUGACUUUAUGUGCUAUUUGUUUGACUGUGCGAAAGGAUACAUCACAGAAUCUCAUACGUAUGGUUCCGUCAUGUGGGACUUACUGGUGGGCGGCAUUGAAUUCAUACUAACGCAUCCCAAUGGCUGGGAAGGGCCCCAGCAACAACAGAUCCGCAAGGCUGCAGAACUUGCUGGGCUCGUCCUGGCUGGUGGGGAUGGCCAAUCCCGUGUUCAUCUUCUGACGGAAGCAGAAGCUAGUCUGCACUUCUGCAUCACCAACAUCUUAACUUCAGAUACGUUCUCGGCUAUGCCAAUUGCGUGGACGGACGAGCCAGAUGAUGGGGACCGCGGGAUCGCACCAGAAUCCAAGGGUGUCAUUAUCAUCGAUGCAGGACGCAGUACCGUCGACUUUUAUGCAUACUCCAUGAAAUUAUCCCCCAGGUCGUUCAGGGAGAUUGCACCUGCGAAGUGUCGUCUUCAAGGAUCGGUCUUUGUCACAUAUCGUGCUCACGCGUUCCUACGAGUCUUACUUGCCAAUUCGAAGUACGGAGACGAGGAAACCUUGAAGAGGAUGGCAGAUGAACUUGAUAAGACAACAAAAUUGCAAUUUCGGGACGCAAGCAAACCUCAGUAUAUCAGGUUCGGGACGAUACGCGACAAAGAGCUUCAAUAUAACAUUCGCUCAGGACAGUUGAAGUUGUCUGGCCAGGACGUAGCCAAACUUUUCCAACCUUCAGUCGAGGGGAUUAUCGCUACUUUUGAGGCACAGCGCAAAGCAGCUUCGAUGCCAAUCUCCGUAAUUCCUUCGCGUCCUUUGCUGAGUCAAGACUUACUUCGGGUUCUCCAGUGUGUUUUCCUCGUAAAAAGUUUUGCUGCGAGUGACUGGCUUCAUUCGAGCCUCUCGGAAUAUAUGAGCUCACUUGGCAUCACUUUCUGUCGACCCGAUCAACACGUCAACAAGGCAGUUGCAGAUGGAGCGGUUUCAUAUUAUCUCGACCGCUUCGUAUCGGUCCGCGCAAGAUUUACAUGAGACUCACACAUUCACGAUCUAACAUGUUUCCAGGAGUCUCUCAAUGGCUUUCAAGGCAUUGAAAGGUGACCUACCCAUUUCUGCAGGGUGUGGAGGUUAGGUGAGGAUUUG